AUGACCACCCCAGCUCUGCUCCCCCUUUCUGGGCGGCGGAUCCCUGCCCUCAACCUGGGGACCUCCUCGAUCCCCCACCACAGGGCCACGCUGAGGCUGUCCGAGAAGUUCAUCCUGCUCCUCAUCCUCAGUGCCUUCAUCACUCUGUGCUUCGGCGCCUUCUUCUUCCUCCCCGACUCGUCCAAACACAAGCGCUUCGACCUGGGCCUGGAGGACGUGCUCAUCCCUCACAUAGACUCCGACAAGGGGGACAAGAACUCGGCCGGCUUCCUCAUCCACGGACAGGGCCACGACCAGCACCGCCACAGGGAGGAAGAGGAGCAGCUGAGGAAUAAGAUCCGGGCCGACCACGAGCGGGCGCUGGAGGAGGCCAAGGAGAAGCUGAAGAAAUCCCGCGAGGAGAUCCGGGCAGAGAUCCAGACCGAGAAGAACAAGCUGAUGGACGAGCUGAAGAAGAAGGACUCGCAGCCCCUGCCGCUCGCCCCCGUCCCCAACUUCCCGGAGCUCAAGAGCGGGGACCCCGGGGACCCCGACGUCCGCCAGAAACGGGACAAAAUUAAAGAGAUGAUGAAACACGCCUGGGAUAAUUACCGCCAGUACGGCUGGGGCCACAACGAGCUGAAACCCAUUGCCAGGAAGGGCCACUCCACCAACAUAUUCGGCAAUUCGCAGAUGGGGGCGACCAUCGUGGACGCGCUGGACACGCUCUACAUCAUGGGCCUGCUGGAUGAAUUCAGAGAUGGGCAGGAGUGGGUGCAAAACAACCUGGAAUUCAGCGUGAACUCCGAGGUGUCUGUUUUCGAGGUGAAUAUCCGCUUUAUCGGAGGCCUGCUGGCGGCGUAUUAUCUGUCGGGGCAGGAGGUGUUUAAGAACAAGGCGGUGCUGCUGGCGGAGAAACUGCUCCCCGCGUUCAACACCCCGACGGGCAUCCCGUGGGCCAUGGUGAACCUGAAAAGCGGCGUUGGCAGGAACUGGGGCUGGGCAUCGGCGGGCAGCAGCAUCCUGGCGGAGUUCGGGACCCUGCACCUGGAGUUUGUGCAUCUCACCUACCUGACCGGCAAUCCCGUCUACUACAACAAGGUCAUGCACAUCCGAAAACUCCUGCAGAAGAUGGACCGGCCCAACGGGCUCUACCCCAACUACUUGAACCCGCGGACGGGGCGCUGGGGGCAGCAUCACACGUCUGUCGGGGGCUUGGGAGACAGUUUUUACGAAUACCUCCUGAAAGCCUGGCUGGUGUCGGACCGGACGGACGUGGAGGCUCGCGAUAUGUACGACAACUCCAUCGAAGCCAUCGAGAAGCACUUAAUCCGCAAGUCGAACGGCGGCCUGACGUUCAUCGGCGAGUGGAAGAACGGCCACCUGGAGAGGAAGAUGGGCCACCUCACCUGUUUCGCCGGCGGGAUGCUGGCUCUGGGCGCUGACGGCUCCCCGGGAGACAAGGCCGGGCACUACUUACAGCUGGGCGCGGAGAUCGCACACACGUGCCACGAGUCCUACGACCGAACGGUGCUGAAGCUGGGCCCGGAGGCGUUUAAGUUUGACGGCGGUGCCGAGGCUGUAGCCGUACGCCAGAAUGAGAAGUAUUACAUCCUGCGGCCGGAGGUGAUCGAGACGUACUGGUACAUGUGGCGCUUCACCCACGACCCCAAAUACCGGCUCUGGGGCUGGGAGGCAGCUCAGGCCAUUGACAAGUACUGCCGCGUUAGUGGGGGCUUCUCGGGGGUGAAAGACGUGUACUCCUCUGUGCCAGCUUUCGACGACGUGCAGCAGAGCUUCUUCCUCGCGGAGACCCUCAAGUAUCUGUAUCUCCUCUUCUCCAGCGAUGACCUUUUGCCGUUAGACAACUGGGUGUUCAAUACAGAAGCUCACCCGCUGCCGGUCAUCCGCCUGGCCAACAGCACUCUUCCCGGGAGUCACGUGGUGCGAUAGGGCCGCUGGCGCAGGGACCGUUUCCUGGGACCACUGAGGGCCCGCGGGGCUUUUUCACGCACGUUCAGACUGGGACAGAAAGCCUCUCCCGGGGGCCACAAUUCCAUUUCCUUUUAUUUUAAGUCACCCUGGUUUGCUAGCGGCGACCGACCAGCAUGGCCGACUAGCGGAGACAACCGAGGGGCUCGUUCACUGA